CCUGUUUCGGUCUACUGCAGACGUGAAGCUAUCCUGAAGGUUUUUUCGUAUUCACAAUUCUCAAAUAACAUUAUUUUUGGAUUAUUUUCGUCAAACAUUAAUUGGCUCCGUAACGUUUUUGUGGGGCUUGUAUGUUUUAGAGCUGGUCCUGUUUGGUGGGGGUAAUGCACCACGAUGUUGUGGACCUUUGAAGAUACAAGAAGAAACGCGGAACCGACCAAAAAACAAGUUUAUUGAUGCAUAUUUCUCAGAAACAAGUGCUCAACUAAAGCUUUGAAUCAGUCAGAAACAGUUGUUUUAAACUGUUUUUCCACAAUGGCGUUGGAUAGACAUCAAUGUUCGUGUUGCUCCCAUAAAGUCUCUUCUCCCAGUGUUUACCAGACUCUGAAUGAAAUGGAUUUUGAACGAGGUAUCUGGUCUGCUGCAAUGGACGGGGACUUGGAGCGAGUUAAAACCUUGGUCCAGAAAGGCACAGACCCUGACCUGAGAGAUGCAGCUGGAUACACAGCUCUGCACUAUGCAAGUCGCAGUGGUCAUCACACUGUAUGCAAGUUUCUUCUGGAGAAUGGUGCUUGUGCAUCUCCCCAGACACCAGGCGGUGCGACACCGCUCCAUCGAUCUGCUUACUGCGGUCAUCUUGAUGUGGUUAGACUUCUGCUGCAGCACAGAGCAGAUCCAAUGACCUGUGACGACGAUGGUGCAUCACCUUUACAUAAGGCAGCAGAACGAGGUCAGGAGGAGGUGUGCCAGCUGCUUCUUGAGCACAGUCCAGCGCUCUGCAGCCAGGUGAACAAGAGGCUGCAGCUACCCUGCCAGCUAGCACCAAAGGGAGACCUGCAGGAGCUCUUAAAACCAUCUGGGUGAAAUCAGGAACACUGCAAUCUGGGGCAUUCAGAGGUGCUAUGAAGAGACAUUUAGAUGGGUCUUCUUAUAUCAGGAUUAUACUCAUCUUGACCUGGAUUGAAUAAAUUUGACUCCUUGUUCUUUUCAGACUUGGGCAAAGAGCCAGUGAGUAAAACAGGUUGGACACAGCAUUACAUGUCUAGUUUGUAGCAAAUGUUACCCUUUUAUGCUGCAACCAUAAAUGGACACAAAAAUGCAAGACUCUACAGUGAGAUAACAUUAAUAGCAAGGUUUUGAGUAGGAAUGUUGCUAGAGCAUCUUGUGUACUAGCUCAAUGUAAACAGAGGUAAAAGUACACAACACAUGAUCCUUUACACAAGAAGUAUAGAAAUGGUGUAAAUAAAAUACCGCUCAAGUACUGAUAUAUUUUCUUUACAGAAUUUUAAGUUAAAAGUUGAGGCACUAAAAUGUAAGAAUGUAAGAAACCCUCAAAAGAUAUUUCUACCUGAUGAAGUUGUGCAGCAAAACCUGUUAAACUUAAAUACAUCCAAUGUAAAAUACAAAUGUAUGUGCAAAUGAAUUAAACGGAAAUUAAUGCCUUUAAUGUGAGUUCCCCUAAAGAAUUAUUAAAGCGAGCAAGUAAAAAUCAGCUUUUGAAAGUGCAAGAAAUACAGAGGACACAUAGGUACAAACAGUAAAAACAAAUCUUGAAUAGCGAAAACUCUACUAAAUUAAAAUGAUAAUGUGACUUCCAACACUGCUUGGAAAUAGCUAAGAAUGGUGGAUUGAAGUCACAUAUGGAUAUUAACAGUUUACUUAAAACACCAGCUUUUACACCCUCACCCCACCCAACACCAUUGCAGCAGCAUCAAUGAUUAUUUACCUUGAACUCGAGCCAUGUUUGACAAAGCAGUUUGUAUUCAAACUGGAAGCCAACGCGUCUGUGAUGUGUUAAUUGUAAAACUUCUGCACAUUUCUGAGUAAAUCCACGCUGUGUGUUGUUUUAAUAUGAAGCAGCAGGGGGAGCUGUUGUCUCAAAAGAAAUGUGUGUUUUUUCCAGUAGACCAUGUGAAUUAGCUGGCAGCUUUACACACAGUGACCUCAUUCGAUCCUCCCAGCACCAUGUCUGAAAACUAAACAGGGUAAGUGUUAGAAAGACAGAAAAGUGAAGCAGUUACAGCGGGUAGUAAGACAUCACUGCUCAGGGAGGUUGUUUAUGACACUCAGUUGGGUUACUUGUUUUGUAUCAGUGCAGUAAGUCACCACUGAUUGCGACAUGUUGUUGCAGGUCACUGACACAUUGGGAUCAAAAGUUUCAAAUCUGACAUCCACGUUCAGCCAAAAUAGUUUUACAGUAACCUGUUGCUUCUUUUUCAAAAAAGUGAUGUGAGCAAAAACAUGAAACCUAAUGCUCGUGGUGUGAAGCAUUUACACUUUUCCACACUGAGAGCAGAUACUGUCUUUGUACUUUUGUCAAAGUAAAAACCGUCUUCUUCCUCAGUCUGCUGGUUUUGCACUGCCCUGAACCUACGUGAUGUGCAUAUAACUCCCUCCUUUUUCAAAGUAAAAACCUCAAACCACUCAA